AUGAACAUGCUGUCAGCGCGCCCUGAUAUCCACUCUGAAAUGGUGCGACAAGGCACGUUGUUUGGCGUGCUUGCAGAAUCUCAAGUGCUCACCGACAUGCCCGAGUAUCAGGAUCUGUAUACGCAGUUCCCCGGCACCGACUGGAACCAGCGGGCCCGCGGAUUAGGAGCCACCGCGUUCAUUCCCCUAACUAGUGCAUCGGAAGAGAACAUUCUCUGUUACCGCACUGACCGCUGGAGGGGGUAUGACGGUGACAACGUUACGGUGCACGAGUUUGCCCACUCCAUAAUGAACCUGGGUAUCGUGCCGAUCCAGCCUGAUUUCCUCGCCAAGCUCACAGCUACGUAUGACGCCGCCCUGGCGGCUGAUUUGUGGGUGAUACCUUCGCCGCCACCAACAUACAUGAAUACUGGGCGGAAGGCGUCCAGUCAUAUUUCAACGCCAAUCUCGAUCCCCCCUGACCCGUACACAAUCACGUUAAUACCCGAGAAGAACUUCGGGAAUACGAUCCCCAGCUGUUUGAGUUUCUGA